CUGAAGGUUUGUUUGGUCUCUUCUGCUCUCCUCGUUCGUUGCUCGUUCUCACUCCGGGCGAUCUCUGAUCUCAGCAACGGCAAUUUCUUCCGCGCCUGCAGCUGAUGGAGUGAAAAGGGAGGAGAACUGCCGUUUCAUGAUUAGCAUCGAAAAACCUUGAGGAGAAUAGAAUCUGCAGCUAAUCUCAACUUUAUCAGUUCUUCCGGUGUUAAGAAAGAGAUUCUUUUUUCUGCUGGAAAUACAUGCAUCAUGAAUUAUCUUCUCGGAGCAUUCAAGCCAGCGUGUAAUAUUUUCAUCACGUUUACCGAUGGAAAAACGCGUAAGCAGGUUCCUAUGAAGAAGGAAAAUGGUCAAACUGUAAUGGUCCCACUGUUCCAGAGUCAAGAAAAUGUUUGCGGGAAGAUUUCUAUAGAGCCAAUUCAAGGGAAAAAGAUUGAACAUAAUGGCAUCAAAGUUGAACUCCUUGGUCAGAUAGAGAUGUACUUUGACAAAGGCAACUUCUACGACUUUACUUCUCUUGUUCGUGAAUUGGAUAUCCCUGGAGACAUCUACGAAAAGAAAACAUAUCCAUUUGAAUUUUCCACUGUUGAAAUGCCUUAUGAGACCUACAAUGGGGUGAAUGUAAGGCUCAGGUAUGUUCUUAAAGUGACAAUUAAUCGUGGUUAUACUGGAAGCAUUAUCGAAUACCAGGAUUUUGUGGUUCGCACCUUUUCUCCGCCACCGUCACUAAACACCAGCAUUAAGAUGGAAGUGGGAAUCGAGGAUUGCCUUCACAUAGAAUUUGAGUACAACAAAAGCAAGUAUCAUCUGAAAGAUGUGAUCAUUGGCAAAAUAUAUUUUCUACUUGUGAGGAUCAAGAUAAAGAACAUGGACCUGGAAAUCAGGCGCCGUGAAUCAACUGGUGCAGGGCACAACACCCAUGUGGAGACAGAAACGCUCGCUAAAUUUGAAUUGAUGGACGGUGCUCCUGUAAGAGGUGAAUCAAUACCCAUCAGGCUGUUCCUUAGCCCGUACGAGCUGACCCCAACUCAUCGGAAUGUGAACAACAAGUUCAGCGUGAAGUAUUACCUGAACCUUGUCCUGGUUGAUGAGGAGGAUCGGCGAUACUUUAAGCAGCAGGAAAUCACACUGUACAGGCUACAGGAGGGCUCUUGAGACACUGGCUUUGGUCUGAUCUCAUACAUAUCAGAGGUGUAGGAUUUGAAUCGAUUGACAUGGGGAGCCGCUGUCUGGUAGAGUUCUGCUGGGCUGUGGUUCGACUUUGCAUCAAUGUCCACGAGGUAUCUCUGGUUGGUCUUGCCUUAGAUCAUCAUGCCGUGAGAUAUGUUCUUUUACUGGCAUCGAAUCGAAGGCCCUUGUUUAUCGUAUUUGGCCUUCUCAUGUUCUUUUUUCUUUUUUUCCUUCUUAAACUGACGAUGACUGAUGUACUCCUUUUAGCGGAUUAUUCAUCGUUAGUUCUUUUGUCUCGACCGUGAAUGUAAGAUGUUGGUGAGUGUAAUAUCGAACGUAUCUUGGAUUGAUAUAGCUAUUUCAAACUUUUGCAGGAGACUGAAAAUUUGAAGGCUUGACGAUGAGCUUAUAUUAAAA